GGGUCUUUUUAAAAAAAGAAAAAGGAGUAGGACCAGGGCGGGAGCAUCUUGCGCUCGCGCGCCGCGUCCCUUCCUCUCGAGCCUUUUGUGUUUGAAACUCUCAUAUCUCACAUAUCAAUAAUUCAAGCGCGCGCGAGAGAGAGCAGACGGAGCUCCCCCCCGCGCGCUAUGAGUUCUGCUGCCUCGUCACUCGUCCAGGGCCCCUCCGCACCGCGCGCGACUCCCGUUUAUUGUGCUUCCAAGUGACACGAGAAGCUGCCCGAGAAGUGAGAAAAGAAGAGAAAGAACAGGUGAGAAGUGGCCAGUCGACGGGAGAUAACGAGGGUAAACUGAUUUUUGGAAGAAAAGGAGAGAAGCUGAAACAUAAACCGUCUGGUUUCCCCUCCGCGAGGGAGAAACUGUUUGCUGUAGGCUAAUUAAAUCCAAGAAAACGGAGUGGCAUCUAGUUGUAAAAGAAGCCUUCUGCAGGUUCACCGGGGGAACAACGGGAAACUCUUGCUACCUUACUUUUUUUUAAAGGGGAAUAGACCCACGAAGACGACCGAAGAAGUUCAUCGUUCUGGUCCGGUAUGUUGGCGUUUUGCCUGCUGAGUGCCGUGUGGCUCGCGGCGAGCCCGGCCCGCGCUCAGAACGAGACGGAACCAAUCGUCCUGGAGGGGAAGUGCCUAGUGGUGUGCGACUCCAACCCGACCUCGGACCCCACGGGCACGGCGCUCGGGAUCUCGGUGCGCUCGGGCAGCGCCAAGGUGGCGUUCUCCGCAGUCCGGAACACCAACCAUGAGCCCUCCGAGAUGAGCAACCGGACCAUGGUCAUCUACUUCGACCGGGUUCUAGUAAACGUUGGGAAGAAUUUUGACGAGGAGAGGAGUAAUUUCAUCGCGCCUCGCAAAGGGAUUUACAGUUUUAACUUCCACGUAGUGAAAGUCUACAACCGCCAAACUAUACAGGUGAGCCUGAUGCACAACGGCUGGCCGGUGAUUUCGGCGUUUGCCGGUGACCAGGAUGUGACGCGCGAGGCGGCCAGUAAUGGUGUUUUGAUCCAGAUGGAGAAGGGAGACCGGGCCUACCUCAAACUGGAGAGAGGAAACCUAAUGGGAGGAUGGAAAUACUCCACCUUCUCCGGCUUCCUGGUGUUCCCCAUGUAGAGGAAGAGGAGGAGCAGGGGGUGGAAACGAAGGAGGAGCUGGUGGAAGAUGGAAAGUGCGAUGACGACGGGGGAAAAGGCAGACGGAGGAAGAAGAGGGGCACGGGAAAGAGAAAAUGGCGCGAACGAGACGGAACAGAAGAAAAAGAAAGAAGAGGGACUGUGACAACAGACUCUGUUUGGGACGCUGCAGAAGGAGGAAGGAAGAGGAAGGAUGAGAGAUGUUAGAGAGAUGUAAGAGCAAGACAGAACGAUUAUAGGAGGGUAAAAUGAGACAGGAUUUAUGAAGCCAGUACAUGAAAGUGUAUGGCCAGCUUCUUCACUUCCCUUCCUCCUUUCAUCCAUCCUUUCAUCCAUCCUUUCCUCCCUCUGUUUUCUCUGGCUUGACUGCAGCUUUGGACAGCCAAAACUUUUUUUAUUCUCUGCUGAAAGACGCAAUUGAUCAUUUAUAUGUUCCAGAGUGUUCUAAAGCCCGAGUGUAACCCCCCCAACAUUCAUUCAUUCAAUCAUUAAUUCAUCGAUCGCUAUCAACAUAAGCUUUGAAGAAUGUUUCUUGAAGAACUGCUCCCCACAUCUCCCAUUUACUGUGGCCAUAUUUGUGGGGUUUUUCAUGCUUUCAUGCAUAAACUGCACUGAUUUUGGAUCAGCCUCUACCCCAGCGCCAAACUAGAAUUUUUAUAGGGGAAACACUAAACUCUGAUCACAAAAUCAGGAGCUCCAGACACAUUUACAUUCCCUGUAAAGCUGUGUUUUAUAGUUAUUAUGAUAAUUAUUGGCUUUUAAAAAACUUUGUUCUUGAAAGACACAUCUGUUUCCCCCUCCUCUCCUACCAAUUGCCCCCACUCUCUGUUACUUAAUCCCGCUCUCUCCCCUGCAUCCGUACCACAGUCAUGUCCUAUUCUUUGUCUUCAGAUCAGAUGACUUGAUUUCUUACAGCAUCAAACAUGACUCUUAAUCUAAGACAGUUAACUCUGGUGUCCUGCUGACGAUCCCGAUGCCUGAACUUUGGGUAUCGUCCAAUCCCGAGUACCGAUCCGAUACAUGAUAAAAAUAAACGUCAGAAUAUAUGUAUAGAUAUACACAGAUAUAUAUGUAGGGCGGGUCAUGACUUCACUGGGGAAAUAUUGGUGUGCAGGACAUUGCUGAUAAAGUAGCAGGGUACCAUUUUGGGGCUAACAAAUGACAUGUUGGAUCGGUGCUCAGACACCUUUUAGGCAGUGUAGGAUACUGGUAUCUGUAUCAGAACAACUCUGACAGUAACUGAGCACAACAAAUAACUUAAAUGAUAUAUUGCUGUAAAAUGUCUCUGAGAAAUUAAGUUUUUAUACCACUAAUUUACAAGAGCAAAGAAAGGUAAUGUUAACUGUAAGAAAGGUAAAAAAGGUUAAAUGUAGAUGUAGUCAAUACCUAACCAUGACUCUGGUGAUCUGCAUCCACACAGUCACACAGACAGUACUGUUGUACCUUCAGUGUUCCUAUCAGCCACACAAACAUACCAGCCAGCCUCCAUCCUCUUCCACCAUCCUUUGUCCACAGCUUCACCCCCCCUCCGUCUGUUUCUCUCCCUCCACCACUGCUGCUGUUACCCCUCCAUCUCCAGGAUCCCCUCCUCUCUUCAACUAUGCUGUUUACCCACAAGUGCAGAUUUUUUCUCUCUCUUGCGUUUUCGUAUACCUCUGUUCUCCCCCACUCACCUCUCUCUCAUCCUUUCCUCAACGGUCCAUCUCCCUCUCCUUCCUCAUGUCUCUACUUUAUCUGCUGCUGUACUCGUUUGCCUCCCAGCACAGAUCCCUCCUUGCUUUUCUUCAAUGUUGGACUUUGGACACUAAAACCAACUUACAACCACGGACUCUAUUAUAUACAUAUAUAUACAUACAUAUAUAUAUGUAUGUAUAUAUAUUUACACAGUAUAUAUACAAAUGGAUAUAUAAAUAUAUCGAAAUUUAAGCCACCAUUUCUAUUCUACUGGUAUUAUGAUGAUAAUAAUGAUAAUACUAAUACUGAAACCUGAAUCUGGUUGAUGACUAUAAUAUCUGUAUUUCCGUACUUCAGUGUUAUAUAAAAGAAAAAAUAUUCUAAGAGAAACUUACUAGUGAUUGUGUGUGGAAAUCUGAGGCUGCCGUUCUGCUCUUCUGAUUAAAAACAUGCUUCUUGUUUUUGUUUUGGGUCAAACCAAGUUGUGGCUAAAAAGCUGAGACUAGUACUUAUAUAAAAAACCUACAGCUAAAGAAGACUUUUAUUUAUCUAUUAUUAUUAUUUAUUACUAUUAUUAUUAUUAUUAUUAUUAUCAAUCAAAUCAAUUUAUCUACUGUUUUCUUAUAUUUAUUUGCUCUGAUGAAAUCAAUAAAAUUUUAAUGGUACUUUUAUUUUUCUUAAACCUACUUUAAGCCUGGCCUGGCACUUUAUUUUGUUAAAGCUGGCAUAACUUCUGAAAGCAAGCAGAAACACACACAGCCCCAGGUGUGUGGAUGUAAUGGUGGGUGGUGUCUCCUCCUUUCUCCAUCUCUCUGUGGAUCUUCUACUCUUCUACACUGUAUCACGAUAUCUUUUUAUUCCUCUUUUUGUAGUCCACUUUCCCUCAAUCGAUUGGGGUUGCUUCCUCUAUCCCUCUGUCCUGUCCUCUGUCCCUCUAAACUUUCUCUCUCUUUCCUCCUUUUACAUUAAUUUAUUUAAUUUGGAUACGCUUCCUCUCUCUCUCUCUCUCUCUCUCUCUCUCUCUCUCUCGCUCUCUCCACUCUGUUGGUUUUUAAGAUUUUGUGGUUCGUUUCUCUCCAGACUCUAAUGAGCUCCAGGGGGAAAAUUAGAGCUGGAAUAACAAGCAAACAUCAACAUCAUCUCCCUCCUUCCUCCAAAUCCCUCCUUCCUCUUGCUCCUCUUCCUUCUCCUCUGCUUCUUCCCCCGCUUCAUCUGACUUAAUUUCCUAUCUUUGUCUUUCUUUCCCGCUGUCCUUCCUCUUUAACACACUGUCUUCUCUCCAGUUUCCCUCUGUUUUCCUUUUCGGACUCGCUGUCCUCUUCCCCUCCGCUCAGACUCGUCUCAGUGGCCCUUCCUUUCUUCUGCGUUCCCCUUUUCUUUAAGCUUUCCUCUUUCUUUUGUCACAGUGUUUUUUAAAAACUUCCAUUUCCUUCUUAAAUGCCAACUGGCACAAAUAUAUGACGUUUUUACUCUUAAUUACUUUGGAUAAAACUGCAGUCGUGUUAUUUUCCAUGGGUAGCUUUAAAUGCUCUUUCUCCCAGUCUCUCUCUUUGUGUGCUGUCUCUCUCUCUGUCACCAUCUGUCUCUCUGACUUUCCCUCUAUUUUUGGUCAAAAGGCAGCAAGUCCUCCAAACUCAAAUACAAAAUAGAUUUGCUUAGGUUUUGGAUACUAAAACUACUUGGUUAAGGAAGAGAGGGAGAUCCAGCUUUGUUGUCUGUACAGUGAAUAUGAAGCUGCGUUUAGAUUGCUAGCAUAAAGACUGGAAACAGGAGGAAACAGCUAGCCCACCUCUGCCUCUAAAGUUCACUACUGCGUUGUGUUAAAGAAAUUCUAUUCUCAGUCAGAACGAUCACAACAAAUUCAACAAAUUCCUGUGAAUUCUGCACAAUGUUGAUUCUGCAAAUUUGACCAAUUGCAGUUUCCCGUGAGUUUCACCAAUCAUAGCAGCCCCUCGCACCGUACGUCAGCAAACUACUAGCAAUUUUAUUGUCACUGGAAUAAGUUGCCUUUGAUUUUCAUUAAACUGUAUAAAAAUAUGAAAAAUAUUAUACAGCCCAACAGCUAGAAAGCCAGCUCUCCGUCUGUCUGCAGCCUUUUAUUUCACUAAUCUCUCAUCAGUGACUAAAAGCCAGUCCCAGAUUUACUCCUGUACAGCGGCCUCACUCUCCUUUUCUAUUCUUAGCAUCCUUCGUCAUCCCCUUAGGUCUCCUCGCCUCUGCCAUUAAAUAUGUCCAUAGAAGCUGCUGAGCCCUGUUACACUGACUGCUCGAUGGCACUGGUUCUGGCACAACCAGCAUCACUCUCUGUCAGCAUCCUUCUCCCCAUCCCAGGCCUGAACACCUCCCCUCCCAAGGCCAAAAGGUCCAGUGCUGCCAGUGGAAACACCAACGCUCCCCCAGUGCUCUGCGCACCCAGUCCGGUGCUGUGUCUCAAUUCCAAUGCUUCUGCACUUCUAUGUAGUACAUGAAGCAAACUACGUACUCAAUGCUAAUUUCGGCAUUGUAGUGUUGUGUCAAAUCGAGCACGUCCGUUGUGCGCUCACCGGAAAUGACAAUCGUAACAUUUUACCAUGUCACCUUCUUCUAUCACGAUUUACAACCAGACAGAGCAUGAGUGCCGAUACUGGCAAAUUUUUCACUGGAUUUUCUUCACGAUAUUAAUCAAAAAUGGACCGACUUUUUAUCACUUGUGUGUUUCAUGUUUCAUGCGAGGUGGAAAUUACAGCAUCUACGCUGACGUCGUUUAUUCCUCCUACUCACAGAAAAUGUUCCUGUAUGUUCCAGUGGUCCCUCCCUCCCUUCCGCUACGUAGCGAAAAGGGCGACCACUGAGAGUGAGAAGUUCCACACUCAGCUUUUUUACCGUUGUGAGUGCACCAUUAAUUAUGUACUCAAAAGUAUUAGUGUAAGUAUGGAAGUAUGAGUAUGAGACACAGCAUGGGUGUCCAACCCGUCAGAAGGGUGUGAAAAUUGCUUUAUUCAUCCAGUGUAUUGUGUCAUAGUGGAAGGAAGCCCAUUAAGCAUGUGGGAGCCUCAACAAAAAGACUUAUAAGAUGAAAGGUAUUUGGUCCAUGAUGUAAGCCCACAGGAGCACAGAGCCCUCUUAAAUGCACAACUAUAAAUAUAGGAAAGCUAAAGAGCAAUCAUGUUUUAUUUCAUUCCAGUGAACAUGUAACAAUUUGACUGUAACCCUUGUGUCAGGAACAUUGUACCAAAUUACAGUAAUCACUCCUCUCUCUACCGACUGGGAAGGGAAGAGACAGAGUCCACCUUCACCGCCAAAUGAUGAUGAAUGAUUCCAUUUAGAACCAUGAAUACGUAGGCCUACAUUACACUCUUUGUUGGUGCUGUCAGGUGGAGUAAAUCCCUGGAACCUUUUACCGAUCAUCUAUGUCAGAGUCCUGCACCGGGUCGGGUACUCCACACAAAAACAUAUUAAUAUAAAUGAAUGGGUGCGGGUAAAAAUGAACUAAAUGCGGGCAGGCAGUGGGUGAGAACAAAAUGAUUAUGUUUUUUGUGGAGAAAUUAAAAUGUGCAGACUAUUUUCAACAUAUAAAUCAGCUAAAUAUCAGGUCUAGUCAGCCACCACGUAGACAUUGUCACUGAGGAAACCCCAUUCAGAGGCAGCAGGGGGAAACGGGUUCUGCGCCAGUUGACAGAAACUUUUCCAAGAACACAACUUGGAAACCACAAGGACAGGACAAGGACAUCAGAUCAUUUGAAACUGUGUGUGUUGAUGGAUUUAACGAACUGGCACGGGGCUUGAUAGGCAUCGGUGCUUAGCUGGCCGCAGCAGAGGCAUUGUGAGUCGCAACAUAGUUGGCGAUAGAUUCAGACUACGGUUAAUUAUGGUUUCUAAAUGUUCCACUUCCGAAUUGCACAAGUAAAAUUAUGAUCCAGCCAAUGGGCUGUGCUUGGGUCAAACCCAUGUGGGUCCCAGUUGGGUCACUAAUGGGAAAUGAGAGCAUGGAACCCAUUUGGGUUGUUGAAUAUCCAGUCGGGCCCCACCUAACAGCCAGUGUAAUCCUGCAUGAAGUCCACAUGGACAGUUGACAUGGGGCCAUUACGGCAGAAUCCCAUAUAGGGCCCAUUUCACAGCCCAUCUUAUACCCACAUGGGCCCCACAUGCAAAUGUUGGUGGGGUGGGUCCGGAUUUGACUUAAUAAUUGCGGGUAAAGGGUCUGUGCAGGACUCGGAUCAAUGUACAUCACACCGGUUGUGAAAGACAGUGAGCUCUGAUUGGUCAGUAAAAAUAUUGUAGUUUGAUCUAAUCUGACACAGUGACCAUUUCAAAAUCCCAAAAUCUGAUUUAUCUUUUACGGAUAUAUGUCAGUAGUUUCAAAUACUGCUAAAUACAGCACCACUACCUCCUUUAUUCACAACGUCUCUUAUCUUUAAAACGACUUUAUCCAAAACCAAGGGCUGCAUAAAGAGCGGGGGAUGGUCGUGUUUGAUAAUGAAGCUAUUUUUGUAUUAAUGCCAAUAUACUUUCUAUUUUAGAUUUCUGUUAACUCAAUCGCCACUACAACAAUGUGUGUGUGUGUGUGUGUGUGUGUGUGUGUGUGUGUGUAGUGGAAUGCGUGUGUUUUUCUGUGUGUGUUCUUUCCCCUCACAGCAGCAGGUCUGUCCAGAGGCCUUGUCCUCCAGAAGUAAUUUGAUUGCGGCAGAGCGAGGGAGACAUAAUUGUCUGCAGCAGGUCACAGCAUAACAAACAAAGUGUGUGUGUGUGUGUGUGUGUGUGUGUGUGUGUGCGCGUGUUUAUGUGGUGUUUGGUCUCUCCUACGUCCUCCCCACUAGUGUCUGCUCCACUACAGUAUUCUCCACUUUCUUCCUCCCCUCUCCUCUUCUCAAUGUCAACAGAAAGCUGACAGUUGGGUCUGAUGCAGCAUUAUAUUUUCAGCUCUAUGGAAAUGUGCACACAUUUAUUUACAGUUGCCAAGAGCACACACACACACACACACACACACACACACACACACACACACACACACACACACUUCCUGCUGCCAUACACACUUUUGCCCCUGUGCCCUCUCACUCCAGCCAGAUGGGCAUGAAGGCAGAUAGACAGCCAACAAGAAAGUCCAAUAGAGAGCGAGUCGGACUGACAUCUAGACGGGGGAAAAAAGAGCAGACCAGCAGUUCUUCUGUCCAUAUGACGGAUAACCUUCGACCUUUACCGAACUCACCCAUUCCUCAGGUCACACGAGUGCAGACAUCCAUGCUUGCUUGGACUCCACCAUUUUCAGUUCAUCUGACACCGAGUCCCUAAAGCCCUCCCCUUCGUCUCACCCCUUGUCACUCAAACAACACUCGCAGUCACAAAGGCACAGGGACAGAAACACAUAAAUUCUUAUUUGUUCGGCCUGGAAGUCAGAGUGAAAACCUCACAAGUUAUGACAAUUCUUGUAUGUUCAAAAGCAAAUAUAGUGCAUAUUCAGAACACAGUAAAUAUAACCCAACCUCUAGGUGCAUGCACGCAGUGUGAUAGAUGUUUAAAUACUAAAUUAUUUGUGAAUGUGAGGGAAGAGGUCUGUUUCAUGUCAGAAAGCAAAGUGAAAAUAUCAUGUAGUAUGUAUAUAGAUAGUGACACAGUACUGAAAAACUACGCAUCCAUUGUAGGCAGUUUUGGUUCUCUAUUCUUGGGACUAUAAAAUUCACCAAAGGAAGUUUAAGAUUUAAGAAAUCAAAAGAUGUUCUGCAAAAUUCAUGUGCCUCUAUAUCUCUCCUGUGUUAAAUGUUGGAUUGCCAUAUAAUUCUUGCUCAGAAAUGUGUAUUUAAAAGUGUCUGCGGGAA